AUGCACCGAGGCGUGGACCCAACACGGCGCACGAGGGCGCGGGCAGCAGCAGAGCGCACGAGGGCGCAGGCAGAGCAGAGCGCACAAGGGCGCGGGCAGCAGCAGGGCGCACGAGGGCGCGGGCAGCAGCAGAGCGCACGAAGGCGCAGGCAGAAGCAGGGCGGCAACAGGCAGCAAAGGCACGAUCAACAACGGGCGGCAACAGGCAGCACAGGCACGGGCAGCAACGGGCGGCAACGGGCAGCGCAGGCACGGGCAGCAACGGGCGGCAACGGGCGGCACAGGCACGGGCAGCAACGGGCGGCAACAGGCAGCACAGGCACGGGCAGCAACGGGCGGCAACAGGCAGCACAGGCACUGGCAGCAACGGGCAGCACAGGCACGGGCAGCAGCGGGCGGCAACGGGCAGCACAGGCACGGGCAGCAACGGGCGGCAACGGGCGGCACAGGCACGGGCAGCAACGGGCGGCAACAGGCAGCACAGGCACGGGCAGCAACGAGCGGCAACAGGCAGCACAGGCACGGGCAGCAACGGGCAGCACAGGCACGGACAGCAACGGGCGGCAACGGGCAGCACAGGCACGGGCAGCACAGGCACGGGCAGCAACGGGCGGCAACAGGCAGCACAGGCACGGGCAACAACAGGCAGCACAGGCUCGGGCAGCAACGAGCGGCAACAAGCAGCACAGGCACGGGCAGCAGCAGGCAGCAACGGGCAGCACAGGCACGGGCAGCAACGGGCGGCAACAGGCAGCACAGGCACGGGCAGCAACGGGCGGCAACAGGCAGCACAGGCACUGGCAGCAACGGGCAGCACAGGCACGGGCAGCAGCGGGCGGCAACGGGCAGCACAGGCACGGGCAGCAACGGGCGGCAACGGGCGGCACAGGCACGGGCAGCAACGGGCGGCAACAGGCAGCACAGGCACGGGCAGCAACGGGCGGCAACAGGCAGCACAGGCACGGGCAGCAACGGGCAGCACAGGCACGGACAGCAACGGGCGGCAACGGGCAGCACAGGCACGGGCAGCAACAGGCAGCACAGGCACGGGCAGCAACGGGCGGCAACAGGCAGCACAGGCACGAGCAACAACAGGCAGCACAGGCUCGGGCAGCAACGAGCGGCAACAAGCAGCACAGGCACGGGCAGCAGCAGGCAGCAACGGGCAGCACAGGCACAGGCAGCAACGGGCGGCAACAGGCAGCACAGGCACGGGCAGCAACAGGCAGCACAAGUACAGGCAGCAACAGGCGGUACAGGCACGGGCAGUAA